CCAUCUCGGUCUGUGUCCUGGGUACAGGUAGCCAUUUUCCACAGAUGGCCAUUUUCUAACGCUAGAGGUUGGCGGAGUAUUUUACUUUUUGUGUGUGAGUGAAUUGUAAGUCUGUGACAAACAUUUUCGUGUUUAUUCAUUCUUAACCAUCAUGAAGAUGUUGGUGCAACUUCAGUGGUUGUGUUGACGAGGUAGGUGGACUAGGAACUCUAGAUCUGACCUCCGCCUCCAGCGGACCCAAAUUGGUCUAUUAAUAAUAACAACAAUAAUAAUAAUAAUAAUAAAAACAAAAAUACAGAACCCAAGGUUCUGAAGUAUUGGUGCAAAAAGAGGGGUUGUUUGAAGCCAUCGGGAGCCCUGGAAGGUUUACAAGUUAAAACCAUGGGCAAUGCCGCUACGGCCAACAAGAAGGGUGACUCCGCUGAAAGUGUCAAGGAAUUUCUGGACCAGGCAAAGGAGGAAUUCGAAGAGAAGUGGAAGAAAAAUCCCACGAAUACAGCAAGUUUAGAUGAUUUCGAGCGUAUAAAGACUUUGGGAACGGGUUCUUUUGGCAGGGUUAUGAUUGUGCAACACAAACCAACAAAAGAAUAUUUUGCCAUGAAAAUUUUAGAUAAACAGAAGGUAGUAAAAUUGAAGCAAGUGGAACACACACUGAAUGAGAAAAGAAUUCUGCAGGCAAUCAGUUUUCCUUUCUUGGUAAGCCUUAAAUACCAUUUUAAGGACAAUUCUAAUCUGUAUAUGGUUCUGGAAUAUGUACCAGGAGGUGAGAUGUUCUCUCAUCUUCGCAAGGUGGGGCGGUUCAGUGAACCACAUUCACGAUUCUAUGCAGCACAAAUUGUACUGGCAUUUGAGUACCUGCACUAUCUGGAUCUGAUCUAUCGUGACCUCAAACCAGAGAAUCUUCUCAUUGAUUCCCAAGGUUAUCUCAAGGUCACAGACUUUGGGUUUGCCAAGCGAGUCAAGGGCCGAACCUGGACUCUCUGUGGAACGCCAGAAUACCUAGCACCUGAAAUCAUUCUCAGUAAAGGCUACAACAAGGCAGUAGAUUGGUGGGCUCUGGGCGUCUUGGUGUAUGAAAUGGCAGCAGGGUAUCCACCAUUCUUUGCUGACCAACCCAUCCAGAUCUAUGAGAAAAUCGUGUCAGGCAAAGUACGUUUUCCUUCACACUUUGGUUCGGAUCUCAAGGAUCUGCUGAGGAAUCUGCUGCAAGUGGACCUUACAAAACGUUAUGGCAACCUCAAAAAUGGUGUCAACGACAUCAAGGGCCACAAAUGGUUUGCCUCAACUGACUGGAUUGCUGUGUUCCAGAAGAAGAUAGAAGCCCCUUUUAUCCCCCGUUGCAAGGGACCUGGUGAUACAAGCAACUUUGACGACUACGAGGAGGAAGCACUUCGAAUCUCUUCUACUGAGAAGUGUGCCAAGGAGUUUGCCGAAUUUUGAACUGUUUUUGUCAUUUGCUUGUAAGAAUCCCGUAACAGAUUUUAACGUAAGAGUACAAGUCUGUUUUCACUCCCACAUGUAGUACGACCUUCACAUAUUCUAAAUUUAUUGAUAGCCAAUAUGCAUGUGAGGAAGAGAAAUGUGCCCAGUGUGCAUGUUGUCCAUAUCUAGUUUCUUAUGCCUUUCCAGAUUCAUUCAUUUCUUCCUAGAAGCCCUGGGAGGUGUUACUGUAUUCCGUGAAUUACAUCAUAGGCUGUGUCAGGUUUGUGAUCGAGAAGACAGUAGAACCAGUAAGUUCAGUUGGCAGCUUUGCCCAUUAUGAAUGUCUGGUAGCUGUUUAUUUUAUAUAAAGGAAUGCUACGUGAAGUGAAAUGUGGAAGCAGAUUGUACAAACAGCAGGUAAUUUUCUUGCAUUGUCUGUAAGAAUCCUGCUUGAGGGCCAGGGUGCGAGAUUAUAAAUCCCUUAUAUGAGGUGAAUCUGAUGAUUCACUGGGAAUGUUGAGAUGGUCUGAGUGCUUGGGAUGGGGCAGUACCUAGUAUUAGAUUGUGUUGUUAAUAAAUGAUCCGGAGCACUGGAAUUUGACACUUGUCAAACUCUAGUACUUAUGAUCUUCACCAGUUUUCUCAGCUGGAUUUGGUACAUCACCAAUAUUGUCUAUUGAUUUAUCGUUAUUGUGGAUGGUAUUAAUUUAGGCAGUAUUAAGAAAUGCUGCAGCAUCAGCAGAAUACUCAAGUGAUUUCAAUGACUUUAAUUAGAAAAUGAAACGUGAAAGUAUAUAAGUUUAUAUUUCUUUUUGUGAAUAGUGUAUGACACUAAACAUCACAUACAAAAUUUUUCUUUUGUACUUUGAUUGUAUAUACAUCUCAAAUUUUUAUUUCUGUAUUCAAGAUUUAUUUAAUUGUUAAUGGCAUACAGUGCCAUUGCCAGAUUUCUUUAGUACACACAUUGAUUACUGCUUACUUAUAGUUUUUAUUUGACAGGAAGUGGGCUGUGAAAACCUGCUUUGAGUGAAUCUAGUGGUAGAAUGUGUGUCAGUAGCUUCUGUUAGCCUAUUUAUACUUGAAGAUAAUUAACUCUUGGUUGUGCUCCAUGAAGGAAAUCCUUAGUUGUUCAACUAGCACCCAAGUAUAACUAAUUUAAUAUUCAUGCACAUUUAUUUUAUUAUGGUUGAUGGAAGGGAAACAGAAGUAUAUUAAAGUUAUGGUAACUGCAGUGCCAUCAAAAUGUCAUGGUCUCCAUCUUGUUUCUGCCAUGCUACUAAUUUACCAGAAAGAUUUGGUUCUGUGAUGAAACAAGUUUGUUGACGGAGCAUUUGGUUCAGUAAACAGAGGAAGCUGGUACUUCCAUCCCAAGUAACCUCUUCAGUUUAUGAGGCAUGCUGGUGUUAUUUGCUUUAUAAAUAACGAUGGUGCACAAGUGUUCAAUUUAUUUCAUAUUGUUGCCAUCUCAUUUUCUAGCAUAAGUUUGUCAUUGUAGAUAUCGAAACUAGACUUUUAAAAGCAUUAUUGUGCUUCAGUGCCAUUUUUAAUCACAUUGUAUCAUACCAGUAUUCAGAUAUUUGAUGGAUUCUUGUCUGUGUAUAGCUUUUUCUUUUUGUUGUGAGUUGUUAUGUGCAUUCUUUUUACUUCAGUAGUGUACUGAAUGAUGUAUGCCAUAUGUUCUUGUAUAAGAUGUACAAUUUCGCACCCUGCAGCAGUACGUCAUCAUCACACGACUCGUGUAGGUGACACGAGUUUUACGCUCGGUGGUUCCUCCUAUGCCGUGCAUACAGGAGAUUAAUUAUGGCAGCACUGUAAAUACGCAGCCAGUAGAUAUGCAUUAGCACUGGACAGUUUUAUUGCAGUAUUUGUGAAUUUAUUAAAUUUGUUAUUUUUGGAUAGCUAUUUUUACCCCUGCUAUCAUGAUCUGAAAACACAGUAGUCUCAGGCGUAACUUUGAGUUUCUCGUUAGGUAUUGGUUAUGGACAUCGUGCCGACCGUCGAUUCGUUUAUAUGUCGGGAUGCUGUGUGGGACUCCAAGUGUACAUUUGUUACUGGUAUGUGUAUCGUGUGUGCUGCUGUGUUAGUUCUAAGUGACUCCUGCUUUAGUUUAAAAGUAAGUGAAAAGUGUCUGGAACUGUGUAGGACAGUCUCUUUAAUUCAGUUCCAUUUGUUGUGCAAUGAGAAUUUUAAAGUAACGAAAUUCUUUUUUAAGUCCCGCAGUACAGUCCAUCUAUCUCCAACAGUGUUCAGCACUUCUGUGUUCUGUAUUGAUAGGGGAUAGAAUUUGUUGUACAUAACUUAUUACAUAAUAUGAAAUUAUUUACUUGCAUGUAUUGUACUUAAUACUGUUUUAGGACUUUGUAUGUUAAUGUUGCCAACACUGCUGUGCUGAUGAUUAUUUUACGUAUAUAAUAGAAUAUUUUUAUGGCUUUAAUUAGAACGUCUUAUGGUGAAGAGUCAAAACUUGAAAUUCAUCCUAACUUAUUAUCAUUACUACUAAUGUACUAUCUUUUAGCAAAGCACUUGGAGGAAUUAUUUACUCCUUAAUUAUUGGUAGGCUAGAAAUUGCAGUGGGAAGAAUAUUAUCCUGACAGAUACGCUUUUCUCUUCUAUUUUGUUGUUAUUUUUAAAUGUGUCUUUUGUAGAUAUAUUAUUUACCUUGCUGUUAAGUUUAAUUGUUUUGUUCUUCAGUUUCUGAAUUAACCUUAAACACAAAACUUAUACUUCGUAACAGUAGCUUUACAGUCUGUGAGGCUGGAAGAAAUAUUUACAGUGUUUUAAAGAAAAGGACAGAAUAAAAGCCAGGUAGAAUGAAUGCAUGAAUGGAUGACUGAGUGUUUAAAUUUGUAGAUCAGAAUUUCUUACACUGUGAAUUACAGACCUUUUGCAUUCAGCCAACCCCAGAUUGAAAAAUAUUCAAUAUAAUGCUACUUUAUAUACUUGAUAUUAGUAUUUAUGUGUUAUAAUAAUAUCCAUAAUAAUACUGGAAUGAUACUUGAGAUAAGGUAUCUAUUUACUGUAAAUAUUAAUAUUUAUUGUGAAAUGAAUAAUACAACUUUGAAGGGACUGUCCAAAUUUAAUUGGUCUGUGAUGCACAGUCUGCUGUGGAUAGUGCCCUGGUUAUUUUCGUGGAUCCCCCGUCAGGUUUUUAGGACUAUCACUACAGAUCAGAUAUGCUGUGAGGUUAUGUUUUGUCAUUGGCUUUUAUGAAGUAUAUAGCAUCCAAUUUCUUACACCAUGAAGGAUUCUCUUAACUAGGAAGUAAUCAUUUGUCUUCCUAAAUGAACCCUUUCAAUCCCAGUGGUAUGUACCAUCUGCUUUAAUAAUCAAUAGCGCCGGAUUUUGCCAUCCCGUUGAAUUUAUCGGUUUCAUAGGAUUUAUUUCUUUUACGGCAUUAACCAGUUUCGUCUGUAAUGGAGAAGUGUCGUGUUUUCGUUGAGGUACGGACUGAAUUAUUAAAUAUUGGGCUUCAGGUGGGAGCCUGGGUAGCUCAGUCAGUAUAGUGGCUGACUACGGACUGGACGACUGGGGUUCUAUCCCCGACAAAUAGAUGCGAUUUUUCCUUUAGCCUCUGCAUAUUAUGAUAACUUUUACGUAGGUUGUGUUUGUUUUAAGAAGUCGCACCUGUUAUCAUGAGCAUAGGAUGCUGUAAGGUUGCAGAGGUAUGUGAUCUUAGUAUGUAUAUUUUAUGAUAAGUUCUGUCCUGGUGGCCAAAAUUUUUCAUGUGAAAUUUAUGCAUUUUGAUUAUUUUUUAUAACAGUGCCAUGAGGUUUAGAAUUAACUAUACAUUUAUUUCAAUGUGGGCUGUGUAGAAGUCACGUCUCUUUUAACUCUUUAUUCACCGAUAUUUAAAUUUCUUAUGUGAAUUUUUUCUUGGUCUCCAUCUGACAGUUUAACAGUGCUGGGUGUGAUUACACUAUAGUCUUUACCAUCUCCGCGAUAUUUUGUGGUGUACAAAAUGUGAGCGUUUAUUAUGACAAGACUUUUACCUCCGCACAUAGCCUUAAGAUAUGCAACCUCAAGGUCAGUGUGAAUUUCAUUUGCUUCUGCCACUUUUGACUGGCAAAAAUAAGGACCAAAAACAACAAAAAGUAUGUUGAUUUUUAUGUUAGCUAAUACUGAUAAGGUUUUACACAGUACAUUGACGCUUUGACCUUUUUCGCAGAGUAAUACGGUAAAAUUAAAAAGUAUCCACUUUUUUUUCUAUACGAGAGCAUUCUUGUUGUGUAUGUUACAUCAAGGAAAUAAGAUAUUCACACAUCACGAUAGUGUAUUCACUUUUAAUACCCAAACAUUAUUUUAUUUGGCUACGUGUUUCAGCUCUAAUGUGUCAUAAUCAGGAUACAAAAACGAAUAAGGCUGAAUAAUUACGAUUUGGGAUUUUCACGGCAGAGAGUCCGACGAUAGCUGUCUUCUGGGUUGUAGCAUCGUACAAUGUUAGAAGUUUACUAACGUUUCAGAAGUCUUUGCUGCUUCCAUCAUGAGGGCAAUGAGGUCUGAUAUAGGCAGCAAGGACCUCUGAAACAUUGGUAAAAUUGUACCAAACUGUACGGUGCUACAACCCAGAAGACAGCCAUCUUUCCCUUAGUCUGAAAAAUGUACCAUGUUUAUUAAUGCUUACAUUUUUGUAAACACAAAUUUGUGUUCUGAUGAUGACCCAUUGGUGUUGAAACGUGUUUCUAUAUUUGUACAUGAAAAAUUGUUGUUCUAAUCGAAUGUCUGAUUUCCGUAGUAAAAGUGACCAUUCUAACGUAGUAAAAUACGUGUAGUAAUGCCAGAACUGGCUGAUAAUGUGGCUUGUGCCAGCACACUUAAUUCUAUCCAUAAAGUAACUGGUUAAAUUCCGAGAUGAGGUAUCCUGAACGAGGUAUUAUAAUUUUUCUCAGCGUUUCAACGUGAAUGCUGUAAUUAAAUAUAUCAUGGCUAAAAGGAGGACUAGUUGGUUGUAUGAGAUCCAUGGAAAGAAAAAGGGGGGGGGGGUUAAAAUCUGGGUAUUGUAAAUUUUGAGGCUCUCUUCAAUGAUGAUGUUUUUUUUUUUGUAAGAACAGUGAAAAGGGAAUAUAUUAAAAGUUAUUCUAAUUUUAAAUUCAAAAUUUUAGUUGAAAUUCUUUAAGUAUCUGGUUAAGUGGUCCUUGAUACGUUAUUUCGGAGUGUAGGUAUUCAAGGUGAAUGUGUAUUCAUCCAAAUACGAUCAUUUCAUAAAUUGAUUUGGACUGCAUUACAUCACAACUCAAGGCAGCCGUGAGAAACUCAUCUAAGUGGGAAAAAAAUUAUAUCACUUCAAAAUUUAUUAGCCUGUAGAUAUUUGUAGUAACUCUGAAAGUGGAAGCCCUAACGUGACGUUAUUGUUUUUGGUGUCUCGCUGUAUCAUGUCUACCACUGAAAUAUGGCUUUGGUUCCUGUUUAAGGGGAUUUUCAGCAGAGGCUAAAAUAGCAUUUUUGAGUAAAAAAAGUAACAUUCCAGCAUUUCUUAGUAUCCUAUUUGUGAGGGUUAUAUUUGACCCGUAAUUGGUAUAUGCUAGUACUUAAAAAAGUUUUGUCAGCAACGGAAUUUUAACAAGAAUGUUGAUUAUUUAAGUGCUACGUAAAGGGCAAUUGUGUAAAGCUGAAAUAUUUUUUGUUCAGGCUACGGUUUAGCCAACAGCGCAGGUAUGUCAUUCUCAGCCAUCUGUGAUAUGGGUAGUUUUAAAGAAAUUACAUUAUUGAUUGGUGAAAGAACCAACAGAGUAAAUAGUUUCCCAAGGAAAAAUAAAAUGAAACUGCCAAUAUCGAUAAUCGCAUAAUUUCUCUCAUACAGUGGGUAAGGUACCUCACUUUUUUUCAUUAACGAACUUCAUGGGGCAGAGUGCUUGAGAAGCUAGCAGCCGCUCAGUUAGUAACCUUUCUUUCAUCAGCAGUCUUUUAUAAAACAAUUCGCAUGGAAUUAGUGAAGCCAGACUGUAUUAUGUUGUGCAUGUCAUUUGUCACGCGUUAGGAAGUGUUGAUAUGGACGUUCACGUGGAGGUCGUCCGUGUAUCGUGUAUUGCAAUAGGAUUUACAAAUAUCUCUGCCAUUUUAAUUCUGUUUAAGAGGAAACUUUCGAAGAGGUUCGGAUGCCUUGAAAAUGGGGAAAACUUAACAGUCUGUAUUACACAUUGUUUUCGCGGCUUGAAUUUUAAGCUUUUUGAAAGCGGAUGUCACAACAUUAGGGGCUCAUGAUGGUAAAAGAUGUUCUCUCACCUACAGUGGUCACUGCUAAGACCUCGCCAUGCAUUUCGUCAGUGAACCACCUCCCUUUUUCUGUUGUAUAAUUGUGUAUCAUUAAGGAGUUCUACGUACGUGUAGUUCUCAUCAUGUUGCUACACAUUUGAUUUUUAGACGCGCGUUUGGUGACGGGGAAGUAAGUCUUUGUGAUCAGAUACAGAAAGAGAACUUAGGUAUAAGUCAGUACUGUUAUUUACCGGAUAAUAUAUGCCACGCCUUGUGGUUCUAUGAUACAGGAAAAUACAUUUGUUUCUUAAAAUACUAAAUAACAUUAGUGAUAACGAAUUUUGUAUAAAACUUUUUAGAUGAAGAUACUUGUCUUCUGGGAUAUUGCGCCGUGGUAACAGUUUCCUGAAGCUUGAGAGGCACUAAGUGUCUCCGUCAUCGGGGUGCUUCUGAACAUCGAUAAACUUCUGGCAGACAUUUUGGCGCAGCAUUAGGUGGGAAUAUCCAGUUUCAAGCUCGGGCUAUUUUACCCCUGGGGAAAGAUACUCCUGUACUCAUCGGGUAGGAUUGUAAGGGAACAUCAAGAGCAGGUCUGAACGCCGAUGCAAAGAAAAGUCGCUGACCGUGCCAGGGACUGAAGUAUCGUCAGCCAGCCACUAUACUGAUGUGUGUGUAUUUGCUCCUGUGAUUAAGCUUUAUUUACACCAAGACGGACCGUGGAGUCUUAGGACAAUCGUGGACUUUGAACCUUUGUGAUAAAUUGAGGUGAGUGAUGAGCUUCAUGUUUUGGCUCGCGGUGGCGCAGAGAAAAAUCCUCUGUCUUUCUGAGAACGGAUCCUUGAUACAUCGCGCACACGGAAGCAGGUUGAUUUGGCAAAGAAUGGGGGUGCACUUUGUUAGUUUCUUGGGAAUUUCGUAUGCCAUGUCGAAGAAGGUAGUGUUGAAUUUCAGACGUGAAAGCCACGGACUUUGCAGGUUCUUUACUGUAGAGUUUCGUAAUUUGCAGUUCGUUGUUUCGUCAGCGAUUUUAUUUGGGGUUUACGAAACGUUGCCUGUGCGAUGUAUCGGUGGGUAUGCCAACCACAAUAAUCCAUACAUACAGCUCACAUACUCCCUCCAUCAAAGGGUGUUAUCGGAGAAAGUAAUCACGAGUAAUUGUCAAAUAUAUCCACACAUUAUUGAUGCAAUCGCAAACAAAGUGUGGCAUAUACGUGCCACAGUACGUAUCACUUGGUAUUUAUUCUUUUACCGUUUUUACUCUACCAUAUGAACAUUGUUUUUGGUCAUUUUAGAGCAGGACGGACCUGCAGUGGCGGUUUGUAGAUCUACGCGUAUGUACAAGUGUGGAAAAUCCAUUCUUUAUAAGGAUCGAAAAAUGUGGUUAAUAAAACCUGAUAUUCAUGGUUUUGUAUAAAAAUGAUGUACCGUAUGAAUCAUGAGUCUGCUAAUUCGAUAGGGUGAGCUAACUGGCAAGCUCUGUGCAGAAGAAAACAUUCUCCUUUGAAACGGCUACAUUAGAUUAUAAUGGACUCGUUAUCGCAUGUUAAAGGUUCGUAGUUUUAAUAAAACGUACGCAGAAACAUUUAAAAGUUGGUAAGUUUAUUAUCUGUCUACAUAUUUUUAAUUCCGAGAGGCUGGGCAGGUAUCCUUAUAGCUCAGUUUACUCCGGUAUUUGGCACUGAAGCAAUGUAGACACCAGAUGCUGCGGUCUUAAUUGUAAUGGACGAAGUUUUCUUUUCAUUAGACUGGGCAACGCUGGGAUAGUUGUUAAAGGGUGAAGACGCCAGAGUUUCAGCUGCAGAUUUUGUGUUGUAAAUAAUUUUGUGUGUACCAUGUUUUGAAUUUCAUUUAGUGGCUUGGAUUACUUGGUGAAAGUAUAAAUAAAAGGACGGACGUCCUUUGCCUGAUGUGAAUGUAUGGAGAAACACCAGUACUAAAGCAAUAAAAUAAAUUGUGAAAAGUUA